CAUCAAACGACGAGCAGCACAGUCCACAAACAGCAUGCAAGUGAGAAUACGCAGCGGCAUGUCGCGGUGCAGCAGCAGUGAGUGCUCGUCGCUCGGAGCCUCCUCGCCGACCUCGGUGUGCUCGGUCGACGAGGAGGAUCUGCCAACCUUCCUCCUCUCCAACCUGGCGGUCGCUCAUCCAGAGACGCCGAUCCGGCGGCCCCGAGUGAUCCGCCCCCCGCCAGUGGAGCCGCGUCGACCUACGCUAACAACACGGAUGACCUUCCAGCAGCGACUUCGCGAGUGCCCCACCCAGACGAUCGUCACUGCCCUUGACGCCACAGGAGUCUCAACCGAUGGCAGCAGCUCCGAGCGACUUCGCCGGCUGACCUGGUGCUUUAAGCUCUACGAGCCACGAGACGUGUUGGAGAGGUGGUCGGUGGAGACGCUCCGCGUGGUGGCAGGGAUGGCAGAGGCGGACAAGGCAUCGUGCAUAAGCAGUUUGCUGGGGCAAUUCUUCUCCUUUGACUGAGGGCAGGCCGGCCCCUCCUCGGCCAGAACUUGCUUCUCGCAAUGCUCGGGAUUAAAGCAGCCCACGCCUAUCCGUAAAGAGCCUACCGACGAGCGGCGCCAUCCCGCCACCAGGGCGCUACGAAACACCGAUCGUGCGCUACUGCCGAGGGAUUGCGUGCAGGGCAGGCGGUGGCGCCUCUGGUGCGAACUACCACCGGCGAGUCGGGAGGGCCCGACAGUUAGUAAGUUAGGGGUCGGGGAGCGAGAGAGUAGGACCCUCCGGGCACAUGGGGCCUGGGGAGGGAGGGCGCAGCCGACUGGGCUAGAGGCGCGAGGGGCGAGAGGCGGGCAGACGCUGCAGUAGUAGCUAGUACACUCUAGUUACCGUAGCUGGUAGUAUGUGUGGAGAGAGGGCUCGCGCUUUAGGGCUCUCUCGUGGAGUGUGCCACGUGAUACUGUCGAGUGUGUGUCUGGCACUGCCACUGGUGUCGUGGACGUGGUGUGUGCCCGGCUCCGCUGGAGUCCUUUAUCUGAGAGGUGUCGCGCCACCUCGCCUGGUAUCGGCUGGGUCGCGGCCUCUGUCGGGGCCGGUCUCGGGUCUGCCUUAAACAGAUCGUGUACCAUUGCUACGAGGCUACGUAUCGCACUCUCACGUACCGCAGACACAGUCCGAGACCCGCCGUCGAACGCGGCUCGGCGAACUCCUUUGUGCAACGAACUCCCCUCCCCCCUCCCGGCCUGUCACCCACAGAUACCAAGCUCUCAAGAUCGCACAAUCGAGGGCGGAGACAUGCCCCGCCCCCG